CCAGCAUGUGGUUAGGCCUUAGGCGUCUUGGCGAUUACCCACUAUAGUCAUGCUGUAAAGACUAGUGUCAACUCUACUGUACUAUUAUAUUUAUAUAGUUAUACUUAUUAAAUUGAUUUUCAGUUGUUUAAUAAUUAAGUUUCGAUUUCUUUUUUGUUUUGAAAUCAAAAUGUCCUUCGAAUUAAAAAAGAAGAAAAAUAUCUUCGUGUUUUGAAAUUUGUUGAUAUGUUCAAAUACUGAAACACUUACGCAGUGAAUAUGUCUUAUUCUACUUUGAAAAAAGCUCUACAUUUAUUUGAGGAACAACCACCUUUUAAUCAAAAACCAACACAAAAAAAACCUGCCAAAAAAUCUUCUAGUCGCUUAAAUAAAUCUAAAAGUAAAUCACAGCGUACGAAAAGUGUAUUUAAAGUACCAAAUUUUAUGAAAUCUGAUGCUGGAAAAUCUGUUCUUAAAAUAAAAGAACAAAUUAAAAAUGAAAAGGAAUUGAAUUUGGUGCAGUUAAAUUUAGAAAGAUUACACAAAUUAGAUAAAACUAGUUGUGUAAAUAACAUCGCAUCUAAUUUGAUCAAGCAGCGUUUAGUUAAUUUGUCAUCUGAAAUACCAAAUUCCAAAAAAGAAGAAAGUACAGUAUUUACCGAUGAAGAUUUUGAGAAAUUUGAACGUGAAUAUUUUCAAAACUAAUGGAUGAUUUCAUACUAGGAAAA